AUGGCGGCGUCGCGGUUCGCGAACUCAGAUCUUAGGCGCCCAGCCGCUUCGUCAGCCUCCUCUCCCAAACCAAAGGGACGCGGUACGACAACACCACCCGCGUGCAUGCUGAGCCGUCAAGUUGCGCCCCGAAGAGCAAUGGCAGCGGCCAUGUGCAAAGUUCGUCGAGCUGACCCCGAGCACGUAGCGGAGAACAAGGACACGCUCUGUCGGAACGUCUUAAUCUAUGGUCACUGCCGAUACGAAGACCAAGGAUGUACCUUUUCCCACGAUCAAAACAAAACCAACUCGAACCAGUCGGAAAUGUCUCGCAAACCCCUCAAUGUCGAGUCCCCUUCCUUUACUCCCGCAAAUCUACCGUCCGUCGCCAAGAAGCCAACUUUUUCUACACAAGCCGCCAAUGCGCCAGCAUUCACACCGAGAGGGCUAGGAGCAUCUCCAGCCCUGCCGGCCACGCCCGCCGACUCAGAAAGUGCCAUAUUCAACCCAGCAGCCAUUCGCGAAUUCACUCCGAGCUUUGAGUUGAACAACUCACAGGGUGUUCCGAAUGGAUCUAGUCAGGAUGGCCCCGUCAACUACGAUCCCUUUGCCAUGGCCUCGGUGGGCCAAAGCCUCCCCAGCGCACACUACAACCCUUACGCCGACGAUCAUGGUGCAAUGACCGGUGCUGCUGCAGGUUUUUUCCCGCCAAAUGCCGCGUAUGCUGCUCCUCAGCUCUUGCAGCAUCAUCUUUAUGCGCCGGUAGGGCCUCAUAGGGAAGAUCUAAUGCCCUAUCACCGAAUGACACACGACUUCUUCAUAACCGAAAAACUGCGAGAGGACAUGCAGAAGAGAGCAGAGGCCUCACUCCAGGUCAUGCCCAACUCCCAGUUGCCUCAGAUGGAGAACUAUCAUACUCUAGUCCCGCUCGACAUCAACCAUCGAAAGACUAUAAACACCUUUUCUUACUCUAGCUGGGUAUAUAAGGCGAUUUCAUCCAAGACAGGCAACCUGUACUGCCUGCGAAGACUGGAGGGCUUCAGACUCACAAACGAACACGCCAUCAGAUCUGUCAAGGACUGGAGGAAGAUUGACAAUGCAAAUGUAGUCACGGUACACGACGCAUUUACGACAAGAGCGUUUGGUGACAGCUCCCUCAUAUUUGUACAGGACUACCACCCUCUGGCCAAAACCCUGGCCGAAGUCCACUUUGGUUUUGGCCCACCGCCACCGGGGACCCAUUUCCAGGCAAAGCCACCGGUUUCUGAAGCUGUUUUAUGGGGUUACAUAUCUCAAAUCGCAAAUGCACUCAAGUCCAUUCACUCCAUCAACCUGGCCGCGCGCUGCAUCGACGUCACCAAAAUCCUCCUCACCGGCAAGAACCGCAUACGCCUCAAUGCCUGCUCCAUCCUCGAUGUGGUCCAAUUUGAUUUGCGCCGCCCCAUUGCCGAACUUCAACAAGACGACUUUGUGCAAUUUGGCCGCACGAUCCUCUCCCUAGCCACCAACACGCCCCCAUCACAACUCACCAACCUCACAGCCUCCAUCGAAUUAAUGACCCGCUCGUAUUCCGUCGAGCUCCGCGACACAAUCAUAUGGCUCCUCACGCCCGCGCCAUCACCCUCACAAAAGACUAUCGAAGAAUUCAUCCGUGGAAUCGUUGGGUACAUCGUGACUACCCUCGACCAAUCCCAGCAUCAGUCUGACGAACUCAAUUCCGAACUGUACCGGGAAUUGGAAAACGGCCGGAUCGCCCGCCUCCUCCUCAAACUAGCUUGCAUCAACGAACGGCAAGAAUUCGAGGGAGACCGGACCUGGUCGGAAAACGGAGAGCGGUACAUGCUCAAGCUGUUUCGGGACUACGUGUUCCACCAAGUUGACGGCAACGGGAACCCCAUACUUGACAUGGGCCACAUGCUUCGGUGUCUGAAUAGAUUGGAUGCAGGGACAGACGAGAGGAUCUGCCUUACCAGCCGUGAUGACCAGACUAGCUUCAUCGUCAGCUUCAAGGAGCUGAAGAAGCAAUUGAACAAUGCAUUUGGUGAGCUCCAGAAGACCGGCAAACAUAGCAGGGGGUUUUAG